GGUGUGCGCACGCGCGCCGGGCCGCGCCGGCUACGCCGACAGACCCGCCUCCUCCGCGCGGUCUCCCUCCACGGUUACCCCGGUUCUCAGCCCCUCCUUUCCGCGGCGCUCGAGGGACCAUGGCCGAUCCUCGCGUGAGGCAGAUCAAGAUCAAAACCGGCGUGGUGAAGCGGCCGAGAUCCUGCAGGAGUCCCGGAUGAUGAUUCCAGACUGCCAGCGCAGGUUGGAAGCGGCGCACACUGAUCUUCUGCAGUUAUUAGAGAGUGAAAAAGACUUGGAAGAAGCUGAGGAAUAUAAGGAGGCACGUUUAGUACUGGAUUCAGUGAAGUUAGAAGCCUGAAUUUUUCUGUACAGGGUAUUUUUUGCAAUCCUAGGAUCCAUUCCACAAUUCAUUAUUUUUGACCACUGCUGUGUGUUCAAGUAGUAUGAAAAUGUGAUUCUUUUUAUGCAGUGCAUAUAUUUUUCUUUGCCUAAUUUAAUGUGUCAAAUAAAUGAGUUCAUCUAAUAAAAUUGCUUCUUUCAUA